AUGUCAUCAAAAAAAUCUCCAUUUAAAGUAUUCCAAGGUUCUCAAAAUUUUAGACUACGAGUUAUAUUAUCAAUCUUAUCUGGUAAACCUAUUAAAAUUGAAAAAAUUCGUUCCGAUGACUUGAAUCCAGGUUUAAAAGAUUUUGAAGUAUCAUUUUUAAGAUUAAUUGAAGCUGUUACUAAUGGUUCCUCAAUCGAAAUUUCAUACACAGGUACUACCAUUAUUUUCAAACCUGGGAUCAUUGUUGGUGGUUCAUACACACAUAAUUGUCCUACUUCUAAACCAGUGGGUUACUUUGUAGAACCUAUGUUAUAUUUAGCUCCAUUUUCUAAAAAAAAAUUCUCUUUGCUAUUUAGAGGCGUAACUGCAUCACAUAACGAUGCUGGGAUCGAGGCCAUUAAAUGGGGACUAUUGCCAAUAUUAGAAAAAUUUGGUGUUAGAGAAUGUGCAUUGCAUACAUUAAAACGUGGUUCACCACCAUUAGGAGGUGGUGAAGUUCACUUAGUGGUCGAUUCUCUAAUUGCUCAACCAAUAACGAUGCAUGAGUUAGACAGGCCUGUCAUAACUGCAAUUAAAGGUGUUGCAUAUUCAACUAGAGUAAGUCCGUCUUUAGUAAACAGAAUGAUUGAUGGUGCUAAGAAAGUUUUAAAGGACAUUGGAUGUGAAGUAAAUAUUACUGCAGAUGUUUGGAGAGGUGAAAAUUCCGGUAAGAGUCCGGGAUGGGGUAUAACUCUUGUUAGUGAGACAAAAAAAAAUUGGUAUAUUUUUGCAGAGUGUAUAGGUGAUGCUGGUGAUGUCCCAGAAGAUAUCGGUAGUAAAGCUGCAUAUCAUCUACUAGAGGAAAUUUCUAAUAGUGCAGUUAUUGGAAGAAAUCAAUUACCGUUGGCCAUAGUUUAUAUGGUUAUUGGGAAAGAAGAUAUUGGAAGAUUGAGAAUUGCAAAGGGCCAAAUAGAUGAAAAAUUCAUUAUAUUAUUAAGAGAUAUUAAACAUAUUUUUGGAACAGAAGUGUUUUUAAAAGAAUGCCCGGAUCCAGACAGUGACGAUUAUAUCAUCACAAUUAAAGGUAUAGGUUUUACCAAUGCAAAUAAAAAAAUUGCAUAA